UUUUAAACAUUUCAAACUAGGAUUCCAAGAAUUUUAAAAUUCAAUUUUAAAAGAAACACUUUAGAGGUGGCCAUGAGUGAUUUGUAAUGCUUUAGGAAGAGUUUCUUUGACAGUUAGAAGUUCUUAUCUUUAUAUUUCCGCUACUCCUGCUUGUUGAUGAUUAACACUUAACAUGGGGUGUGGUUUUGCUACUUGACUUUGCAUUACAUUCCCAUUGAAAAGAUCAGUUGUUUUUAGGCAGGAUCGGGUCAGCGUAGAUCCAUUUAAGCUAGAAUUAGUCUUUAAAAUACUCGUUGACAAUGGUCAUGUGGAAGAAACUGAAAUUUCAGGAACCAUUGAUAAGAACCUUGUUUAUUCUCAUUGGUGCAUCGAUUACCUGUCUGUGGCUGUCGUCAGGAAACAGCUGCGCUGGUGACGAGCAGGAUCCCAGACCCACUCACCUUCUCGGGGAGGACCGAGCCAGUCUACUGGCCUGCUCGGCCAUCAUCAGAGGGGACAUGGAAGGCGCCGAGGAGGCGGACCUUGUUAGGCUGCUGGCCUCUAGGAAGAAGAGCAGGCUUCUGUCCGAGGCUUUCUUCCUGAACGCUACGCGGGACUGCAAGGUUUACGUGAGGGAGAGGAAAUUCCUCACCUCGACUCCGAGCGCGGAGGAGGUGGAGUUCCCCAUCGCGUACUCCAUGGUGGUCCACGAGAAAAUCGAGAUGUUCGAGAGGCUCCUGCGGGCUAUAUACGUGCCCCACAACGUGUACUGCGUGCACGUGGACCGCAAGUCCCCAGAGGCCUUCAGGCUUGCCGUCCAGGGCAUCAUCUCCUGCCUGCCCAACGUGUUUGUGGCCAGCAGGCUGGAGAGCGUGAUAUACGCGUCCUGGUCCCGGGUGCAAGCGGACCUCAACUGCAUGGAGGACCUCAUGAAGUCGCCGGUCCGGUGGAGGUACCUGCUCAACACCUGCGGCACCGACUUCCCCAUCAAAACGAAUGCGGAGAUCGUGCGAGCUCUCAAACAGCUCAACGGCAGGAACAGCAUGGAGUCCGAAGAGACGAACAACUACAAGAAAGGCCGCUGGAUGUACCGCCACAACGUGUCGCACGCCGUGAUCAGGACAAACCUGAAGAAGGAUCCUCCCCCCAUCAGCACCCCUAUGUUCUCUGGGAACGCCUACUUCGUGGUCACCCGGGAGUUUGUGAGGCACCUGUCUGAAAGCCAGGAGGUGCGGUCCCUCAUCGAGUGGGAGAAGGAUACCUACAGCCCCGACGAACACCUGUGGGCCACCCUGCAGAGAAUGCCCUCCGUCCCCGGCUCCGAUCCCCCCAACAGCAAGUACCAGCAGUCGGACAUGGAGGCCAUCGCCCGCCUGGUGAAGUGGAGCUACCUGGAAGGGGACGUGAGGAAGGGUGCGCCCUACCCGCCCUGCACCGGGACUCACCGAAGAGCCGUGUGCGUCUACGGCACCGGGGACCUCCACUGGAUGCUCAGCCAGCAUCACCUUUUCGCCAACAAGUUUGACCCCGAAGUGGACGACCUUGCUAUCAGGUGCCUGGAAGCGCACCUCCGUUACAAAGUGGUUUAUGGGGAAUCAUUAACUGCAGUGGUGCACAGGGAUUUUCCAGAAAGCACUUAUGAUCGGAAUGCUGCCAAAGAAAAAGACCCACUUCACGUUAAGGGUUACCCAUUCCACUUCAGUGCUGCCAAAAAUAGCAAGGCAGUGGCCUACAAUGCAAAGCCACAUCUGACAACCCGGAACCAUACCGCCAUCACCAGGCUCCACACAUCAAACCCAACAGAGUGCUACGUCACAGCGACAGGAAAAGGCAAACAGGAAGGAGACGCGGUGUGGCAGUGUGAGGAGCUGACAUGAGCAGCAGUGCGGAAGAGCAGUCCACCCUCCUGCUGGAGACGGCCGAGCUAGCGGCCUGCUGCGCACGCUAGCGGUCAUGCCCUUUCUCCUAAUGAAGACGAGGAAUGUCCCAGGAUACUGUUACCAUCCCUGCCCCCGGUACCCUGGUCUGUGUCAGGCCAGGAAGCUGUGCCUGCUCGGUGCCAUUUGUUAUUGGGGCGGGGGGCCUUUCCACAGGCAGUUACUUCAGAACCCCUCAGAACAAACACUUUGUUUGAAGAUGGAUUUACCACCCCCAACAAUGUCUUCUCUCCACUGAUACCAAGGAAACUGUGGCUUAUUACAUUUACGACAAAGAAAACGUACCCAAAAUGAUUUAAGAAGGGAGUUUUCAGGUAAAUGUACCAAUCAGACCCACCGAUCAGGACUAAGGGUUAUGAGCAAAUACACGCUGCUUACUGUCAGCCUGGAGUUCUACUACGAUGAAUACAAAACUGUGUUGCCCCCAAAAGGGUAGAGGUGAAGGUGGAAUACAAAACCCCUACUGGCAAUCUGAUAUAGCAAAAUCCACACAAAACCAGAGAUGUAAACAGCACCUAGGGUGGUACUAUGGGAAAACUGGAGAGAACAAAUGUUUAUCCACGCUGAAAGGCCAUACAGUGUAAUGUGUUCCUGAAAGGCAGAAAGUUUUUUCCUAUGAUACUUUUUAAAAAUAUAUGCUGACUUACCCCCCAGGACAAAAAGAAAAAUUUAUUUUAAAAGUACCAUAUAUAAUAAGUAAAGAACAUUCCUAUGAACAAUGUAACACCUCUCAUUA